AUGGGUGACGGCGACGAAUCAGCAGCCGCCACGUCAGAAGCUCACACAGCCGUGUCUCUCUCAUCAGAUUGCUUAUUCCCUGACAACCUGACGCUUAUCCGCUCCACAACUACUUGUGACCCAGAGCAAGUUUGACAGCACAGACAGACCACCACAGACUCAGAAGCAUCAGAGAGAUCACAGUGACUACUAUGGGAGGAGAGAGGACCAGGUCAUGCUGAAUGUGCUGUGUGAAGGCUCUGAAAGCUCUGGGAAUACCCAGUGGAUACUAGUAGACUAUUUGUUGUACGUUGGCUCUGCCUGUGGUUGAGGAGGGUCCACAGGGACCGUCACUGUGAGCAGCAGGUGGAAUGACUGUGAGCCCGGCGUGUGCAGAGCUGGAUUGGAUGCAGCGCUGGACCCUUUCUCACAGCAACCAGAGGAGAGUAGCUGUUACAGACAUGCUCCUUUGCCUCAGGACUUUCAGGGCUCUAGUAGUAUAGCUUCUACCACAACUCUCCGCUACAGUCUUAUAGCUUGUGAGUCUUCUUGUGUAUGCAAUUGGCAGAACAAUUACUUUGCUCUCGUGAGUAUGUCCGUACUGUUUCCUCUUUAUCCCAAGCAGUUGUGCUCUAUCUGAUUUUUCUUUUAUUUAUCUUUUUAUUUGUUAUUAUUUUCCUCUAACCCUGCCACCCCUCCCCUAAUUGGGGUAAACUAAUGGACAAUAACACUUAGGCUUCUACUUCCAGCUUAUACAUACUAUAUACAUUUUACAGACACAAAGUAUUUUACAAUAGUUAUCUUUUGUUUGUUUUUAAUCCUAUCCUUCAGCUACCAUCAACCCCUCCCAUCUAUCUCUGAAGACCAUCCGGGGGGGUCAACAAGGGGCAUAGGUGGUUGCCCUGUCCUGUGGUGUGGUAAUGGACGUGGUCGGCCCGUUGGCAUGGUUUAAAUCGGUCCGGAUUUAGCGUCAGAGUUUUAGCUGGAUUUAGCUGCAAUUCUAUAAAAUGUAUUCUCCUUGACUAUGGGGUUUUCUAGUUCUCAAAUAUUAUAUUCUUAAACAAAUAUAUACAGUGAGGGAAAAAAAAGUAUUUGAUCCCCUGCUGAUUUUGUACGUUUGCCCACUGACAAAGACAUGAUCAGUCUAUAAUGUUAAUGGUAGGUUUAUUUGAACAGUGAGAGACAGAAUAACAACAAAAAAAUCCAGAAAAAAGCAUGUGAAAAAUGUUAUAAAUUGAUUUGCAUUUUAAUGAGGGAAAUAAGUAUUUGACCCCUCUGCAAAACAUGAUUUAGUACUUGGUGGCAAAACCCUUGUUGGCAAUCACAGAGGUCAGACGUUUCUUGUAGUUGGCCACCAGGUUUGCACACAUCUCAGGAGGGAUUUUGUCCCACUCCUCUUUGCAGAUCUUCUCCAAGUCAUUAAGGUUUCGAGGCUGACGUUUGGCAACUCGAACCUUCAGCUCCCUCCACAGAUUUUCUAUGGGAUUAAGGUCUGGAGACUGGCUAGGCCACUCCAGGACCUUAAUGUGCUUCUUCUUGAGCCACUCCUUUGUUGCCUUGGCCGUGUGUUUUGGGUCAUUGUCAUGCUGGAAUAUAUUUACAUUUACAUUUGAGUCAUUUAGCAGACGCUCUUAUCCAGAGCGACUUACAGUUAGUGAGUGCAUACAUUAUUUUUUAUAUUUUUCAUACUGGCCCCCCGUGGCAAUCGUACCCACAACCCUGGCGUUGCAAACGCCAUGCUCUACCAACUGAGCUACAUCCCUGCCCCAUGGGAAUACCCAUCCACGACCCAUUUUCAAUGCCCUGGCUGAGGGAAGGAGGUUCUCACCCAAGAUUUGACAGUACAUGGCACCGUCCAUCGUCCCUUUGAUGCGGGGAAGUUGUCCUGUCCCCUUAGCAGAAAAACACCCCCAAAGCAUAAUGUUUCCAACUCCAUGUUUGACGGUGGGGAUGGUGUUCUUGGGGUCAUAGGCAACAUUCCUCCUCCUCCAAACACGGCGAGUUGAGUUGAUGCCGAAGAGCUUGAUUUUGGUCUCAUCUGACCACAACACUUUCACCCAGUUCACCUCUGAAUCAUUCAGAUGUUCAUUGGCAAACUUCAGACGGGCCUGUAUAUGUGCUUUCUUGAGCAGGGGGACCUUGCGGGCGCUGCAGGAUUUCAGUCCUUCACGGCGUAGUGUGUUACCAAUUGUUUUCUUGGUGACUAUGGUCCCAGCUGCCUUGAGAUCAUUGACAAGAUCCUCCCGUGUAGUUCUGGGCUGAUUCCUCACCGUUCUCAUGAUCAUUGCAACUCCACGAGGUGAGAUCUUGCAUGGAGCCCCAGGCCGAGGGAGAUUGACAGUUCUUUUGUGUUUCUUCCAUUUGCGAAUAAUCGCACCAACUGUUGUCACCUUCUCACCAAGCUGCUUGGCGAUGGUCUUGUAGCCCAUUCCAGCCUUGUGUAGUUCUACAAUCUUGUCCCUGACAUCCUUGGAGAGCUCUUUGGUCUUGGCCAUGGUGGAGAGUUUGGAAUCUGAUUGAUUGAUUGCUUCUGUGGACAGGUGUCUUUUAUACAGGUAACAAGAUGAGAUUAGGAGCACUCCCUUUAAGAGUGUGCUCCUAAUCUCAGCUCGUUACCUGUAUAAAAGACACCUGGGAGCCAGAAAUCUUUCUGAUUGAGAGGGGGUCAAAUACUUAUUUCCCUCAUUUAAAAUGCAAAUCAAUUUAUAACAUUUUUGACAUGUGUUUUUCUGGAUUUUGUUGUUGUUAUUCUGUCUCUCACUGUUCAAAUAAACCUACCAUUAAAAUUAUAGACUGAUCAUUUCUUUGCCAGUGGGCAAACGUACAAAAUCAGCAGGGGAUCAAAUAUUUUUUUCCCUCACUGUAGGUAAAUUAGCUUUUCUACAUAAUUUCUGUCUGGGUUUAGUCAUUUACACUGAAAGUGUUUUUCCAUCCCAAAAAUUCAUGUUUUUGGUGUGGUGGCAAUAGCAUUGGCGAUGCGCAUAAAUGUAUAUAAGGGGAAACACUGAUUUGUGUGUGUUUUGGGUUUUCCAUGAUGUCUUCUGGAACCGACUAGCAAACAUUUUUGCUAACAUUUUCUCACGCAGUCUCUUGCCCCAACUCUGACUACUAGAUAACUAGCAAUCCCAGAAGGGAUUGUCGGCUUGCAUAGUGGUGUCUUCAUAAUGGAGAUCAUUUUUGCUGAUGUGGGGCUGUACUGAGAUGAACACUAACUUGUGGCAAUUUCUAUUUGCACAUUUCUAUUUGUAUGGUCACACUACAAGCAGGCAAAGUUGACUGGCAGGGCCUUAAAAUAGGAAUGAACAGCUGACAAAAACUUGUCCUGGAGGUAACCUUCUCACUCUUCCCUGAUCCAGCCUAUAUUCCACUAUGCUUACAGUAUGCUUAUAAUUCUGUACUUUGGUGUUGUUCAGCAGCACUCCUCCUACGUUCCUUUUCUUCUGCUGAAGCGUGGAGGCCUACCUGAACUCAUGUUUAUAAUACUAUCUUGUCACCUGAAACAGGAAUCUGCCAAGGUUUCUGACCUGAACCCCAAUGCGAAAGCAUGGGCCAAUCACAUGCUUAACCUGGACACCACCACUGGGACUGCAGACACACCUGCUCUCCAGCCAUGGAAGGACUGCUGCGAUAGCAGCUCCACUGACCCUGGGCCAGAAGGUCAGCCAUUUUAAGUACCGGAUGGGAAUAGUCCUCCCGUUACCGUGUCCCUGUUUGCGUCUCAAAUGGCAUCCUAUUCCCUACAUAGUGCACUGCUUUUGGUCAAAUGUAGUGCACUAUGUAGGGAAUAGGGUGCCAUUUGGGACACAACCCCUGUCGUCACGGCACAUGCAGCCAGGGGUGAGUCAUUGUUAUCAAUUUAGUCAGAUGGAGCGCAAUGAAUAUUACCAAGCUAUCCUUCCUUCUAACCCUUAAUUAGCAUAAUUACUUAUUUUAAUGUGCGGACGUUAAGAUUAGCCGCCGUGGCAGUUAAUUCGUUUUAUUCAGAUUGACACAUCUACAUAUUAUUCCCAGCUCAUAAUGUUAAAUUAUUUGUGGGGAUUGCACUGUAGGAGAUCUUAUAUUAACAGUAAUAAUAUUUCUGUGGCAUCCAUUUUUACAUCUAUUGACCAUGUCUAGAUCAACUGAUUACCACUGCAUAACAUGUAUUGUUUAGCCAUCACAGUAGCUACUAGCUAAUGUUAACUGCUUGGUUGGUUGUUCCUGUGUUACUCUAUCCAGGCUGUGAAGCCAGCGAAGACAAAGUGUUUGAGGAGCCCCUAUUAGCUGACCCAGAUGAGCCUCCGCUGGUGGCAGUGAUACUGGCAGAGCCAGCCCCCAUGGCCGAGCCAGCCCCCAUGGCUGCCACGGUCACCCUGGAGUGCUCCGACCCUGCUGCGUACCUAGAGUCUGGCCAGGAGGCAACUCACACAGGUGGGAUCUUCAUCCACUGGAGACCAUUAAUUUGAGUUGAGCAAAGAGUCUGUGAAAGUGAUGCACAAUUAUACAAAUUAGGGGUGUGCAGACCUGGCCAUACUCGUAAUCCUAUCUGUUACGAACCCCGUGGCUUUACGCGUCUAGGAUGGAUGGACAAGAGACCCGUAACAUAAUUCAUGCAAAUUAGAAUCGUGACAUGGAAACAGGUGGUGCAAUACAGAGGAAUGUCCACUGAUAGGUCCACCUCAGCAAUCAGCAGACCAACGGAUGUUGGACAGGUGGGACACCCCCAACGACCACCAAUCAGGAACAUAAAGGACACCUGUGAUUAGGGCAGAAGGAGAGGAAAAACACAAAAAGACACAGGAUACCUGUAUCCGUAAUACUCCCACCCUUAAAAGAGCAAACCACAAUGGUUUGCGACACACGUACCAUCAAAACACCCAAAAUUCAAAGAUCAACCGCAUCCUGACGGGAUAACAAAAAACCUAGUUCUUUAAACACGAGACAAAGCAUCUGCCAACACAUUAUCCGACCCCUUAUUGUGGCGGAUCUCCAAAUUAUAAUUUUGCACUACAAGUGCCCAACGCAUAAGGCGUUGGUUCUGGUUGUACAUCCGGUGGAGAAAAACUAAGGGGUUAUGGUCAGUAUACACUAUCACUGGUAAUGCACUGGAACCAACAUAAACUUCAAAGUACUGCAGAGCUAACAAAAAAUACGACAAUCUUCAGACCAUACACAUUUUCUCGCCGGACUGAGCAAAUCCGUUAAUGGAGCAACUACCGCAGAGACAUUUUUACAGAAACUACGGUAGUAAAAAGCGGCGUAGCUCUCUUCUGGUGGUAGGUGCGGGAAAUGCAUUUAUAGCUGAGACCUUGGCAUCUACAGGGCGCACCUGACCAUGGCCGACCUGUUUACCGAGAUAAGUAACAGUGGCCUUCCCAAACUCGCACUUUGCUAAGUUCAGGGUUAGAGAAGCGGCUGCUAGACGUUCACACACUACCCUUAGUGUUAACAUGAUCAGACCUCUCAGUCGAAUAAAUUACCAGAUCAUCAAGGUAAGCACUACAAUUAGGAACUCCAGCCAAUACUGUUAACCAGGCGUUGGAAAGUGGCUGGUGCGUUCCGCAUCCCAAAUGCCAUGACAGCAUAUUGUAGGAAGUGGUCUGGGGUCACAAAGGCAGAGAUGUCGGAGGCACGUGAGGUUAACGGCACCUGCCAGUAACCUUUUAGAAGAUCUAGUUUGGAUACAUAAGUAGCAGCACCAACAGUAUCAAUACAGUCAUCCAGUCUGGGUAACGGGAACGAGUCGGGCACUGUGACAGCAUUUACCUUCCGAUAGUCCGUACAUAACCUGGAUGUCCCAUCAGGUUUAGGAACCAGAAUGCACGGAGAACUCCAAGGACUUGAACUUGGCAUAGCCAGGUUAUUCUCCAGCAAAUAAGCGACCUCAUCCCUCAUUAUCUUUCUUUUAGAGACGUUGACACGAUAAGCAUGUUGCUUGAUAGGUGCAGCGUUUUCAACAUUAAUGUCAUGUUCUAACACAUUUGUGCAUGUAGGAACAUCAUUAAAAAGACAUGGAAAGCUGUGUAAUAGUCUCACAAUAUCAUCUGACUGUCCGUCCGUUAAAUGAAUCAGGCUUGACGGGAGAGACUGCAGCAUCUCUGAAUUGGGCAAUCUAGCACACUGCUGCUGAGUAUUGCGCAACUCCAAACCAUCUCCGUCCACAUCAUUAACAUGACCUCCCACUACAGCCGUAGCAGCAAUAGAGACAGCCGACUCAGCCAGUUUCUCUGGACUGUCUAUCUGAGUGACGGGUCUGGUGUGGUAUGUCUUCAACAUGUUAAUGUGGCACACACGAGAUUGGCAUUUUCUAUCAGGAGUCUGUAUCACGUAGUCAGUUUCACUUAGUUUCUUUUCAAUUACAUAAGGACCAGAGAAAUGUGCUGACAAUGACGCUCCUGGCACAAGCAACAAUACAAGAACUUGGUCACCUGGCUGCAGUGAACGAGAAACCGCCUGGUUGUCAUAGUGCCAUUUCAUCCGUCUCUGUGAGGAAGACAGCGCUUCCUUUGCUAGAGCACAGGCACCAUGUAGGCGCUCACGAAAGCGACUAACGUAGUCCAACACAUUUUCUUUCACACACAACUCGUGUGAUAAAAACUGAUCCUUAAGGACUUUCAUAGGUCCUCUCAUGGUGUGUCCAAACACCAGUUCAGCUGGGCUGAACCCUAAGGAUUCCUGUACUGUCUCACGGACAGCAAACAAAACUAGAGGAACUCCCUCAUCCCAAUCCUUCUCAGAUUCCAAGCAAUAUUUACGGAGCAUAGACUUCAGUGUCUGAUGCCAACGUUCAAUAUGCGCUUGACACACGGUGUGUAACUGACAAGGAUUUUAACACUUGUUUGAAAAGUUUAGAAAGGAAAUUCGUACCCUGAUCAGUUUGUACCACCUUAGGUAACCCAAAAGUUGAGAAGAAUUUGAUCAACGCUUUACUCACCACCGGAGCAGUAAUCCUUCGCAGAGGAAUGGCCUCUGGGUACCUGGUGGCCACACAUAUAAUCGUCAACAGAAACUGGUUACCAGAUUUUGUCUUUGGUAAUGGUCCAACACAAUCAACCAUCACAUGUUCGAAUGGUUCACCUAUGGCCGGUAUGGGACAAUGAGGCGCGGGGGAAAUAACCUGGUUCGGUUUCCCAGUUACUUGACAGGUGUGGCAAGUCCGACAGAACUGAGCCACAUCUUGUUUUAAACCAGGCCAAAAGAAAUGUCGCAAAACCCGAUCAUAAGUCUUGGUGACUCCCAGAUGUCCGGACCACUGGUGAUCAUGAGCGAGGGAUAAAACAUUUUGUCGAAAGGCUGUAGGAAUCACUAUUUGGUAAACAGCAUUCCAAUCUCCGCCAGCGUCAACAUGGGAUGUCCAUUUACGCAUGAGGAGAUUACCAUCAAUAAAGUAUGCCAGGUUUUUCUUCUUUAGCUCCUCCUCUGAGACAACACUAGAAAAACAUUUAGCCAGGCUAAUGUCAACCUUCUGGUUAGCGAUCAGCUGCUCACGAGUGACUGGUAACUGUAUUGCCUCAGCAACAAGUUCCACAUACUUCUUCCUUUCCCUGGGCUGUUGGUCAGACUGCACCAGCUUACCAGAGGUAACACCCAAGCUAUCCUCUGGGUCACACUCUGAAUAGAAUCGUGUUCGACAAAUCUAUCACGUCACCCACUUGUCGUGCUUGAGCACGUGUGACAGCACAAGCGGGGAACACAUCUGGAUAACCCUGUGCCAGCUCCUCGGAGAGAGACUGGUCACUUUUAUCCAAUACCUCCAAUACGGGUAUCACCUUUCCUCCAGCAAUAUCGUUGCCCAUUAUAAAUGUCACACCUUUUACUGGCAACAUAGGACCUACUCCAACUCUGAACAAUCCACUGACUAACUCAGAGUGUACGUUCACAAAGUGCAAUGGCACGGGGACGAAUCCCAUUUCAAUUCCUUGUACUAACACACUGGAACCACAAUAUGUAUUAUUGGACAAGGGCAACACAUCAGAUAGUAUGAACGACUGCGCCGCACCAGUAUCUCUGAGGAUUCUAACUGGACGCUGAGACGCUUCAUCAUCUGAUAUGGAAACAAACCCCUAAAAAAUGAACGGUUCAUAACUGUGAUCUGGGACAGGGACUUUCAAACCACAUUCACUAUGAGGCCUCUGUCUUGAUUCCGGCCUUACAACUGUACGAAUCAGCCCAACACCCGUUGGCGGCCUGGCGUGCUGAGGCAUCCCCUGUUUGCGUUUUAGCAGAAAGCAAUCAUUAACCAUAUGUCCCACCUUAUGACAAUAGAAACAGUGACGCACAUCUUUUGGGCGUGCUGGAUGUACUGCUGGUCGACUAGGACUAAAAGUUAGCAACUCCGCGGCCCUGCUCUCCGUACGAGCCGAAAACACGCUCUUAUGCGUCAACACAAACUCGUCUGCCAAUACAGACGCUUCCGACAGUGAGGAUACUUUCUGUUCGUUCAGAUAAACUAAAAUGCGUUCGGGUAAGCAAUUUUCAUACUCUUCUAACAAGAUUAACUCCCGUAGAGAGUUAAAAUCAGUUACCUUACUAGCACUGUGCCAUUUGUCAAACUGAUUUCCUUUGUCUCUAGCAAACUCCACAUAAGUCUGAGUAGAAUACUUUUUAUGAGACCUAAAUCUCUGUCGAUAUGCCUCAGGAACAAGCUCAUAGGCACGAAGAACAGUAGCUUUGACCACGUCAUAAUUGAAGCUGUCUUCAAGAGGUAGCGCUGACAGAACCUCUUGGGCUUUACCUGUUAAUUUACACUGAAGUAAUAGGCACCAUACCUCUUCGGGCCAUUUCAAUGCUACCGCUAUACGUUCAAAAACACUGAAAUAGGAAUCAACCUCUGACUCCCUAAACACAGGUACCAAGGUGAUCUGUCUACUAAUAUCAACAGUAGCAGACGACACAGCUGGUGAGGAUGGCUCACUAGCAGGCAUAGUAUGUUCAGAGACUAACCUCGCGGUUUCUGCCUCCAGUUCCAGUUUACGCAUCUCUAGUUCCUGAUCAAGUCUACGCGUCUCCAGUUCUUGAUCAAGCCUACGCGUCUCCAGUUCCAUCUUACGCGUCUCCUGUUCUGCCUCUAGCUUACGCGUUUCCAGCUUGUCUUGCCUGAUUUGUGCCCUCUCUUCCGCCUCCAUUUGGAGCCGUGUGGAGCGGACAUCCAUCCUGGCAUCACUGUCAGACAGUGGGGAGAGUGGGUCAAAACGGGGCAAUGUGGCUGGAGCCUUAGCCUCGUCCUCAGACACCGACGGACUUACAGGAGCAGCAGCCACAUCCCCUACAGGAGCAGCAGACUCAGGCGGCGGUAACUCAAGCACUCGCUCGUUCAACAAUAUCUCUAACACUGUUUUCCUAACUUCUGCUUUCACUAAAACCCUUUAUGGGUACAGAAAAGUGGUCAGCCAAAGCCUGUAGAUCCACUCUACGGCAAUUCUCAAAAACCUCCCACGUAGGGUUUUCCAAAAAGGCAUCCAACUCAAAAGUAGCCAUCUUAAACUAGCAACACGAGCCGACGAAUACUGAACACAAAACCAGUUAGUUACAGCUGCCAAGCUCAACACUGAGCCAGACACUAACUAAUUUGCAUGGGUAUCAAUGAGUGAUCCCGGACGAGCCCCCACAUUAUGUUACGAACCCCAAGUAGCAUGGGUAUCAAUGAGUGAUCCCGGACGAGCCCCCACAUUAUGUUACGAACCCCGUGGCUUUACGCGUCUAGGAUGGAUGGACAAGAGACCCGUAACAUAAUUCAUGCAAAUUAGAAUCGUGACAUGGAAACAGUGUGAACAAAAACUACACGACAACCAUAAACUACCGUCAAACAUAAAAGGUUUAUUUUUGAACGCACGGUAAAGGUUUGGGAAAAGGGGCUGAGCAGGACCCAAGAAAGGAAACAAUAGUGUAAAAAAAAAACUAAACUGAUCUUGCCUGCCUCAAGAACCGCUAAGCUACUGCUAAUCAUACAAAAAUUACAGUGGGUGGUCCGCUCAGGUCUAUCUAGUGUUUUUAGACAGUUUUCUUCCUACGGGUAAUGUAUGCCCAAGGGCAACUUGCUUAAAUCCCCCUUUUCCCAGAAACACACAACAAAGUUACCAAACAGAGUAACCAGCAAAUGAGUGAGUACACAAAACACAGGACACCACAGUAUCCAUACUCACAUACGGAAAAUAGUCUCUCUCUACAAACACAACUGACUGGCUUUUAAACAAUGGGAGGUGUAAGUGGGAAACCAGAAACAGGUGGUGCAAUACAGAGGAAUGUCCACUGAUAGGUCCACCUCAGCAAUCAGCAGACCAACGGAUGUUGGACAGGUGGGACAUCCCCAACGACCACCAAUCAGGAACAUAAAGGACACCUGUGAUUAGGGCAGAAGGAGAGGAAAAAGACACAGGAUACCUGUAUCCGUAAAUUUACAGUUGAUAGUCGGAUCGGAUAAUACUCUUGAUCGGAAAAAACUGAAGUGUUUUAUUAUGCCUAAGUAGAUACACUGAUCUCCCUGGAUGUUUUUAGACCAAAAAAAGCUGCAGAUUAGGAACAGCGCGUGGAGGGGUGUCUGUCUCCUCAACUAGCAGCGGGUCGGAUAGACAAGUUUGCGUUCUGUCAGAAUGUGCAUCGCCUGUUAAUCUUUUUUCCCUACCCGCUUGUUAGAUAUUAUGCACAUUGAUAGCUUGCUAGCUAGCAAACGUCCUCGCCAUUUGAUUUAUCAUAGUAUUAGGCUAACAAGAGGCCGCAGCAAUCUAAAAGAUCAGACCGAAACAUGCGAGGAGAAGUGAUUGGGUGAAAUUAAGAAACUAAGUGAGUGGACAGAGAAAUACAGCUUCGCUCUAUCAAAUCAGAGCAGCAGGAUCCAUGUACAGCCCGCCCUGUCUUUACAGACAGGAAAACUAGCCAGUUGAGUUAUUUAGAUCAGUGUUUCCCAACCCUGGUACCUCGAGUACCCCCAAUGGUACACAUUUGUAUUGUAACCCUGGACAAGCCACCUGAUUCAACUUGUCAACUAAUCAUCAAGCCCUAAAUGAGCUGAACAAGGUGUGUUUGUCCAGGGCUACAACAAAAACGUGUACUGUUGGGGGUACAGGAGGACCAGGGUUGGGAAACACUGAUUUAGACCACGUAGCACCUCGCACUUGAUUGAAAGAUGCGCUCUGGCACCCGCAAAUUAUUAUUUAUUUUUUUUGGGGGGGGGGGAUAAUAAAUAUAAGAAAUCAGGAAAACUGCCCAUAUCCUUUACGAUACUUGUUUUGUCCGACUACUAGGCACACCCCUAAUACAAAUGGUAUUCCGAAUUCACUGCAACAUUGUGUUUAGAAUAUUAGAAAUGUACAAUAUGCAUCAGUGAUUUUGUUGGAACUUAAACAACCUAUAGAGUUUCCUGUAGCACAGGUAUUUUACAGUAAUAGCCUACACGGUACUGCGUGUAAUGAAAUGAAUGGUCUCAUGUCAUGAAAGUGAAUGACUGACUGAGUGUUGUCUUGUCUGUUCCCCCUGUGUGACGAGCAGGCAGUGAGCCCCAGCAGGAGAGCCCUCAGGAGGACCUCCGGGAACACCUGAAGAAGACCCUGGAGUUCUGUCUGUCCCGGUGAGUAACAGCCAUAUUACACACUGGCUGUGUCACAAAUUACACCUUAUUCACUAUAUAGUGCACUCCUUUUGACCAGACCCAAUAGUGCUCUGGUCAAUGGGCCCUGGGCAAAAGUAGUACACUAUAUACAGGGGGUUAAAGGUCAGUCGCUGCAGUGGAUUUCCAUCAAAUGAAUUGUAUUUUUUCCAAUAUUGAAAAGGACUGGAAUUGAUUAAACUCGCAAAAUGUACAAAAUGAUCCCCUUUCCCUAAAAGCAUGAGGUUCAUGACUUUUUUACAUGAAAGGGGAGGUUAACUUGGCCCCAGAGAAUCGAUCUGUCAGUGUCAGUCAUGGGAUUUUUUGUUGUUGCUUUAACCCCUGUAAAUAGGAAAUGGGGUGCCAUUUGGGACACAGGCAUUGUCUACUACAAUAUAGCCAAUAAUGCAGCAACCAUAUAAACUACAGUCGAGCAGCACAGGGGCGCAGCUCUGCCAUUACAGAAUACAGAACCCGCCAGACAGAACUUUAAUUGACUCUGAGGGGAGGUACUGUAACUAGGAGAUUCAUUUGUUAUGCUCUUCCCCAUAUUUGUCGAUCCCAGGCCGUAAUUUUUGUUGGUAGUGAUCAAGUGCUGCCCAUGCUAGAAUACAGCCAGUGAAAUAUGUUGCUAUGAUGUUGCAAUUAGUUAUUUCUUCUGCCUUUUGUGGAAGGCGUGCUCUAAAUGAAAGCUCACUGGUGGGUGCUGUGGGGAGGGAGGAGAGACUUAGGCUAAAGGGAGUGACUUCACUUUUUUGUCUUAUCUCUCAGGGAGAACUUGUCCAGCGACAUGUACCUUAUCUCUCAGAUGGAUAGUGACCAAUAUGUGCCAAUCGUGACAGUUGCUAACCUGGACCACGUCAAGAAACUCAGCACAGACGUGGAGUUGAUCGUUGAUAUCCUACGAUGUAAGUGACAACCUUUUUUAUUUUCUUUUACUGGAGACUAUUAACGUUUACUGAACUUUUUCACAUUUUACUUGUUACUAAUAGCAUCUAUUGUUGACACUAAAGAGACAUUGUUGGGAAUGGAUGUUUCAUUUUACUUAGAGAAUUUGUGUUAUGGAUUUCAGUUGUAUCAGUUAACCUUGCUGUGUACAACACCAAUUCCUAGCAAAAUUUAGAUGGCAAUAAAAUUUAGAUUUUGAUUAUAAAUGCACUGGACUUCUGUAUUUCCCUGCCUCCAUAGCUCUGCCGUUGGUCCAGGUAGAUGAGAAGGGGGAGAAGGUGAGACCCAACCAGAACCGCUGCAUCGUUAUCCUCAGAGAGGUCCCUGAGAGCACUCCCAUAGAGGUAUGUUCACUGGCUAGCCUCUGGCUAGCCUCUGGCUGCGUCCCAAAUGGCACCUUAUUCCCUAUAUAGUGCACUACUUUAGACCAGGGUCCUUAGGGUUCUGGUCAAAAGUAGUGCACCACAUAGGGAAUAGGGUGUCAUUUGGGACACAGUUUCAGUCUAGACCAUCUGCUAAACAAACCAUGCAUUUAAAAAAUGUUUUAGAAUUAUUUUCUUUAAAACAACAAUGCAAUACAAUGACAAUAUAAAUGGGCUCUCCCAUCAGUGGGAGUUGUGGUCAGUGGGUGCGCUCACCCCACCCUCCCCGAGACGCCGGCAAGGCAAGGCCCUGCCCCCGGCCCAAAUGGUUUUUCCAAGUGUGGGAAAAACCAAGUCCCACCCGACGCCGGGGCGGGCAUGGAAUUGAGCGCACCCAUAACUACCAGGACCAACACACGCACCACAGCAUGAAACCAAAACAUAAAUAGUGAAACGCAAAACAUACAAUAAUCCCAUCUCCACCCCUGAUUGGAUGACCUCAAACAUUUAUACUGUACAUUUGUGCAUAUAAUUAUUCUAACACUCAUCAAUUCCACCCUUCAGACAGCCACAGAUCAACCCAUCUUUCCCAAUAAAUCAUCAUCCUACCAUUUCCUCUCACAAUACAUCCCUCCAUUCUCCCAUGGUGUCUCACUAAGGACUUGAACCUCCCCAUCUGCAACAUUUCUGCCGAAAUUUCCCCAAAAUAAACAUUUUACCCAAGAGCACAAUUAUAUUUCCUGUUGACUGACUGAUCCUUCAAAUCCCCCAGCAAUACAGUUUGCAGGUCCAACUGCACCCUGAUAUUAUGGCAUAAGAAACCAUGUAUUACAUACUGACUGUAUCCAGUAUGGCAGAAAGUGGAACGAAAUCACAGGUUUUUAGGAAGAUUAGGUCAUUCUAGUACAAGCUCUUAUGUGUCUAGGCUGUAUGUGUGUUUUAACCAGGGCAUUGUAGGUCAUUUCCUAAUAUUUUCUAAGAGUUGUUUUCCUGGAAUCGUAAACAUUUCCUGGAAUGGUGUAAAACCUGUCUCUGCGUCAAUUAUUUGUUUGCACACCUUUCUCCUAGCCAUGUUAUAGAUACCCUGUUGUUUGACUUUGGUAAAGUAAUGGUAAUGGCAUGUUUUGUUUAUCUAGUGUUUAGAGGUAUCAUCUAUUGUGCAUCAAAUGUGCCAGUACCAUGUCAUCAAAUGUCAUGCUGUGUGACAAAUUAUAGGGUGCUGUUUUUAGCAGUUUAGAAUUCAAAACAUUUUUAAUGGUGUUAUUUCAGUCUGAACUGCACUCCCAUCGGGGAAUAUUGACAAAAUGUGACAUUGAUAGGGCCCACUCCUCUCGUAUUUUUUGUUUAUUAUAUAGGAUAGAGAUGAGUGGGAGGAGAGAGUGCUGAAAUAGCAUUGCGCCAGAUUCUUACGAAUGCGGCGCACAAUUGGCCCAGCGUCGUCCGGGUUUGGCCGUCAUUGUAAAUAAGCAUUUGUUCUUAACUGACUUGCCUAGUUAAAUAAAAAUAAUAAAGACAGCUAAACCACCCUAUUCAAUCGAAACCAGGAACUUGUCCACAGUAUCUAAGGAGUUUUGGCGUUAAGCUUGACAUUUGCUCUUGUUUUGCAGGAGGUCGAGGCUCUUUUUAAAGGAGAGAACUUACCUAAAUUCAUCAAUUCUGAGUUUGCCUACAACGACAACUGGUUCAUCACCUUCGAAUCGGAAGCAGAUGCACAACAGGUCAGGAACAUUCUGGAAUGUUGCACCAUUGUAUGCUUAUAGCGCUUGAUUUAGUAAUGGUGCAUAAAGCAACCUUUUCCUUGCACAUCAUGUCAUGUUUUAGGAUUGUAGGACUGUUCAGUGAAACUGCCCUGCUAACUGGAACUAACUGCCCUGCUAUGGGUUUGGUGGUCUGAUGUACAAUUGCUAAUUGCUACCAUAGUGUUUCAUACUGGCCUUGAGCUUACGUCCGUGGGUAUAAAAACAGAAACAUAUUUCCUGCUGUGUUUCCUAUUUUCCAGGCAUAUCAGUAUCUUCGUGAAGAAGUGAAAACCUUCCAAGGGAAGCCUAUUAAGGUAAGCUAAUUAAUUAAUUAGUUUAAUUUAAGUUAAUGUAAAGUUAAUAUGAACAUGACCCAUACACUGUAUACUAUACUGUAAAUUCUGGAGUAUUUCCAAGUAUGGUGGUUCAGGUAACCUUUUUCCGUCAACAUAACAACCAACCAAAACUAAUGCUUUCCCCCAGUGGAUAACAUAAUUCAAUCUGCAGUUGUUGUAUGGGAUCAUUUAGUGAUGACGUGACAUAAUACCUCAGACAAAUGUGGCUUUUUAUGAAAAAUCUGCACCGCUUUGAAAUGCUUACUCAGCAGAUUCGUUUUUGAGGAAAAAUCAGUUUUCUCUCUCAAUUCUCAACCCCAAUCUCAGGCACGGAUAAAGGCGAAGGCAAUCGCUAUCAACACUUUUAUGCCAAAAAAUGGCUACCGCCCAGUGGAGGUUAACCCUUAUGUGCAGCAGCAGCAGCAACAACAACGUUACACCUCCUACUACAUACCUCCAGUGUACAGCCCCCAGCAGCAGUUCCCCCUCUACAGCCUCAUCACUCCACAGGCCUGGUCAGCCACUCACAGCUUCAUAGACCCUUCACUGGUGAGGACAGCAGGCGCGCGCACACACCUAAAAACCUAAAAUGCAGAAUAGGGUUGCAGAAUUCCAGUAACGUUCCCAAAAGUCUGGUUGGAAGAUUCACAGAUGUCCUGCUUUUUUCCCUCCUGAUUCCGGGAAUCUUCCAACUGGGAUUUCUGGCAAACCUGGACAUUUUUGGAAAGUUACUGGGAUUUUGCAAACCUACCACCCACAAGGCUACAAUACAGACCAUUCAUAAUUUCACUGUAUAAUAUGCUGCUAGAACUCUUGUAAAAGUCAUUGAUUUUGUGUUUCCUUGUCUAACAGGUUACACCAUUUCACAACACUCAAUUUAUCAAUGGAUUUACAACAUCCCAUAGUUUUAAACCAGCGACGUCUCCUCUUGCUGGUGUUAGGCACUACUCUCCCAGGAAUAGGUGGGUACACUGACCCUCACCAUCUAAUGUACACUAUGAACCAGGGCCUGUAUUCACAAAGCAUCUCACAAAAGGAGUGCUGAUCUAGGAUCUGUUCCUCCCUCUUAUAUAAAGUAAAUCUGAUUCUAUAUACAGUGCAUUCGGAAAGUAUUCAGACACCUUGACUUCCACAUUUUAUUAUGUUAUAGCCUUAUUCUAAAAUUGAGUAAAUUAUUAUUUUUUUCUCAUCAAUCUACACACAAUACCCCAUAAGAAUUUUUGCAAAUUUAUAAAUAAAAUAAAUAGAUACCUUUAUUUACAUAAGUAUUCAGACCCUUUGCUAUGAGACUUGAAAUUGAGCUCAGGUGCAUCCUGUUUCCAUUAAUCAUCCUUGAGAUGUUUCUACAACUUGAUGGGAGUCCACCUGUGGUAAAUUCAAUUGAUUGGACAUGAUUUGGAAAGGCACACACCUGUCUAUAUAAGGUCCCACAGUGCAUUUCAGAGCAAAAACCAAGCCAUGAGGUCGAAGGAAUUGUCCGUAUAGCUCUGAGACAGGAUUGUGUCGAGGCACAGAUCUGGGGAAGGGUACAAAAAAAUUUCUGCAGCAUUGAAGGUCCCCAAGAACACAGUGGCCUCCAUCAUUCUAAAAUGGAAGAAGUUUGGAACCACCAAGACUCUUCCUAGAGCUGGCCGCCCGGCCAAACUGAGCAAUCGGGAGAGAAGGGCCUUGAUCAGGGAGGUGAACCCGAUGGUCACUCUGACAGAGCUCCAGAGUUCCUUUGUGGCGAUGUGAGAACCUUCCAGAAGGACAACCAUCUCUGCAGCACUCCACUAAUCAGGCCUUUAUGGUAGAGUGGCCAGACGGAAGCCUCUCCUCAGUAAAAUACAUAUGACAGCCCGCUUGGAGUUUGCCAAAAGGCACCUAAAGAUUCUCAGACCAUGAGAAACCAAGAUUGAACUCUUUGGCCUGAAUGCCAAGCGUCACGUCUGGAUGAAACCUGGCACCAUCCCUACGGUGAAGCAUGGUGGUGGCAGCAUCAUGCUGUGGCAAUGUUUUUCAGCGGCAGGGACUGGGAGACCAGUCAGGAUCAAGGGAAAGAUGAACAGAGCAAAGUACAGAGCUCUCAGGACCUCAGACUGGGGCAAAGGUUCACCUUCCAACAGGACAACGACCGUAAGCACACAGCCAAGACAACGGAGGAGUGGCUUCCGGACAAAUCUCUGAAUGUCCUUGAGUGGCCCAGCCAGAGCCCGGACUUGAACAUCUCUGGAGAGACCUGAAAAUAGCUGUGUAGCGAUGCUCCCCAUCCAACCUGACAGAGCUUGAGAGGAUCUGCAGAGAAGAAUGGGAGAUACUCCCCAAAUACAGGUGUGCCAAGCUUGUAGCGACAUACCCAAGAAGACUUGAGGCUGUAAUCGCUGCCAAAGAUGCUUCAACAAAGUACUGAGUAAAGGGUCUGAAUACUUAUGUAUAUUUGAUAUUUCUGUUUUUAUAUUUAAUACAUUUGCAAAAAUUUCUAAAAACCUGUUUUUGCUUUGUCAUUAUGUAGUAUUGUGUGUAGAUUUAAAUCAAUGUUAGAAUAUGGCUGUAACGUAAUAAAUUGUGGAAAAAGUCAAGGGGUGUGAAUACUUUCCGAAUGCACUGUAUAUUAGCACUUCUACUCUUGAGAGUCUUUGUGAAUAUGGGCCCAGAAUUCUAGAUUGCUGUGCUUGUAUAGAUAUGAUCUUUGAAUAUGAUAUUGACCGGUUGUGUUUCUGGUUUCUUUUCAGGAAUCACACUCACAGUAAACCUCACCUGAGGCCCACAAUACCCAACGUGGACCAGCGCGGCACAGGGCUCCUAGACAGCCCCACCAUCUUCAACUUCCCCACGGAGCGUAUCCUAAACGGGGUGCCCCGGGGUUCUUCCCAAAUGACGCGGCUCCCGAGCCAGAACAGAACCAGGUUACCCCACUCCACCAUGACCUACCCCAGGAGGGACAUCAGUACGGGUCGGGUGGAGCCCGUCAGCACCGACUACUCACUGGGCAUGGCCCGGGGAAGGUAAGGUAUCCUCCACUAUCUGCAUGAUCAUCACCACCAUAUACAUCCGUGGGAUGUGUCCCAAAUGGUACCCUAUUUGUUAUUUAGUGCACAACUUUUGUCCAGGGCCAUUAGGGCUCUGGUCAAAAGUAGUGCACUGAAUAGGGUGCUAUUUGGGACACAUUAUAGUAUUACAAGAAAGCGAGCAUGGUGCCCAAGUUUUGAAUUGUUAAAAUCUCUGUAAUGCUUCAAAUAGAGUAGAAAUAUGUCUGAAUUUUUAAAAUAUUUUCUUUCUUAAAGGACAAAUAUUUAUGGUUCUAGGAAAAAGAGGGAAGACAAGUUUACAGUAAGUACGUUUCUUUCCACUUUGACUUUGAGAAAGAGCCAUCAGUGCUGAUGCUGCAAGCUUUUCAGGCAGUGACUGAAUUUCAAUAUUGCAGGUGUAUGUACAGUGUGCUGGUUGGUGUUGUGGGUGUCCCAAAUAGUACCCUAUUCCCUAUAUGGUGCUCUACUUUUAACCCCUAUAGGCCCUGGUCAAAAGUAGUGUACUAUAAAGGGAAUAGGGUGCCAUUUGGGACGCAGUCUUUACUCUGUGACUGACUCACUGCAUUGUGCUGACUCUGGUGUGUUUGAUGCUGUUCUGUUGUAUAGAGAGUUGCUACCCAUUCGCCACCCCCUCCUCAGAAGCCCCCGUCCCCCAGCUUUGAGCUGGGGCUCUCCAGCUUCCCCCCGCUGCCUGGGGCCACAGGCCACCUCAAAACCCCUGAAGACAUGUUUGAGAACAGACUGGCCAGCAUGGUAAUAGUAACCACAAAGGACAGGGUCAGUAUCUACCAACACAAGCUCUCAUCUCCAGGCCACCAUACUCAGGGUGUGUCCCAAAAGGCACCUGUGUCCCAAAUGGCACCCUAUUCCAUAUAUUGUGUGCUACUUUUGACCACGGCCCAUAGACUUUUGACCAGGGAAUAUGGUGCCAAUUGGGACUCAGCCAAGCUCUUAUCUCCAAGCCACCAUGCUCAAUCACACAGCUCAACAAUUCAGCUUUGCCGUUAGUAGUAUUGUUUUUCAUGUAUUUUUGUGUCGUUCCGUUCCAGAAUGUAAGCGUUGAUGCCAGCUCUCCAGGUGCCCUCCCCUCAGGAGGACCCAAGGAGCCACUAAGGACGGUCAUUUCUCCACAGCCCCCGAGCCUCCAGCCCGCUGCUCCCCCGAAACCAGCACCAUCCUCUGCCCCUGUCCCUGUUCCCUCCCAACCCGCAGAGUGAGUAUAGGACACACGUGUUUCCCUUCAUAUAACACUUUGGUUCAAAAACCCUAUUCCCCCCCACCAUCAAAACGUGUAAGCAUACCCCCACUAAUAUCAUACGAUUUGUAUAGAAAAACAGAGCAGUGUGCUUCAUCUCAUGCAUAUCUUUUGUCUCACCCUUGUCUCUCUAUUUCCUUGUCAGUGUGUCCCAUUUGAAAACAUGACACACCAUAGUUGUCAAAACUGAAUUUGUGUAGAGAGAGAACUUAACUGACUCAGCAGCAUUUCUUGUCAUUCACAUCAUUGUGUGAUGUAAAUAUGUUUGUUUUUCAGGGAAGUGAAGGUUCUGGAGGUGAAUCAGAAGGAGACUCAGGUUUCUCUCGAGCGGGACACUACCACUCUGUACACCGCUAGCAAAUCUGUUCAAGUCAAUGGUACUGCUACAGUAAGUACUGGUUCACCAAAGCUGUUUAAAGCAUUUAAACAUAACCAGGUGCAUUUUUUUAUAUUAUUAGCUGAUAAAGAUUUUUUGGUAGUCAGAGAUACAGGUAACUGCCCAAAUAAAGGGAACACCAACAUAGUGUCUUAAUAGGGCUUUGGGCCACCACGAGCCAGAACAGCUUCAAUGCACCUUGGCAUAGAUUCUACACGUGUCUGGAACUCUAUUGGAGGGAUGCGACACCAGUCUUCCACAAUAAAUUCCAUCAUUUGUUGUUUUGUUGAUGGUGGUGGAAAACGCUGUCUCAGGCGCAGCUCCAGAAUCUCCCCAUAAUUGUUUAAUUGGGUUGAGAUCUGGUGACUGAGACGGCCAUAUGAUUUACAUUGUUUUCAUGCUCAUCUAACCAUUCAUUGACCGCUCGUGCCCUGUGGAUGGCGGCAUUGUCAUCCUGUUGGGGCAUAGCCAUGGUAGCCAAAAUAAUUACCUGCCCAGCAUUUUUAUACACGACCCUAAGCAUGAUGGGAUGUCAAUUGCUUAAUUAACUCAGGAACCACACAUGUACGGAAGCACCUGCUUUUAAUAUACUUUGUGUCCCUCAUUUACUCAAGUGUUUCCAUUAUUUUAGCAUUUACCUGUAGAUACUGAUUUGUGGUUGGUAAUAAUCAUCUUUUUUUUUUUUACUUUAAUGUGUGUCAAACCAGUGGGCAUAGUCAAAGUCCUAUGAAAUGAAUCACCUACAAAUAUAGAUUUCGUUUUGUGGUUAGGAACUGCGAAAGCCCUCUUACGCUGAGAUCUGCCAGAGGAUUAAAGACCACGCUCCGAAACUACAGGCCCCUAAAGAGGCCAAGCCAGCCAGCAGCGCUGCCUCCGCAGGAGAGGAGAGGAAGUGCACUGACGCAGCCCCAGGGGACAGGGGUGAUCCAAAGGUCCCCAGAGAGACAUACCCAGGCUCCUCCAAGCCAGCCACCCCAGGCAGACCCCGAGAGGUCCGGAGACCGACCGGCCGGUGGCCUUCCCCAUCCCCCCACCACCCAGGGAAGGGUCCCAGCAGCAAAGAUCUCAACACCCCCCCAAAGUCCCCG